AGCACAAAGCUUUUCUCGGAAGCAGCAGCAGAAGCAGAACCAAAAAGUUGAGGUUCCCCCAUUUGUGAAUUUUAUGCUUGUUCGAUUGGAAAGGUAGUUGUUUCCCAAAAUAGGUCCAUUCAUUAUUAGGCUUCCAAGACAAGGAAACGAAAUCGCAGAGCUAGCUUGGUUUUUGAGUAGUAGUAACUAAGGAAGAAGAAGAAGAUGAUGAUGAUGGUCCAUCAUGACAACCGUGGUCGUCCAGAUCAAAGACGUGACGGUGGCGAUGGUCCCACGUGUAACAGACCCCCUGGUGUUGCAGAACCAGUAGCUGGUAGUUCUUCUAGUAAUAGUACUAGUGGAGGUUCUGUCUUGAGAGGCUUGCAGCCUUUUCAGUGCUUAUCUAAUACAAAUACUCAUCAUCACAACUCAACCUCUCUCAGAUCCCCAGGAGGGAUGACGACAGCAGCAGCAGCUUUGGGUUUUCCUUUCACUAAUCAACAGUGGAAGGAGCUUGAGAGACAAGCCAUGAUUUACAAGUACAUGAUGGCUUCUCUCCCUGUGCCUCGUGACCUCCUCUUUCCCACCACCACCACCUCUUCAUCCUCUAUUUCUCAAUCUCCAUUGAGCGGCGGAGGGUUCAAUCUGAGGCUGUCGAAUAGCACUGAUCCGGAGCCGGGGCGGUGCAAAAGGACGGACGGGAAGAAAUGGAGGUGUUCGAGAGAUGUUGCGCCGGACCAGAAGUACUGUGAGCGCCACAUGCACCGAGGCCGUCCCCGUUCAAGAAAGCAUGUGGAAAUUCAUGCCAACAAUACCACCACCACCGCCGCUACUAUGACCACCGCCAAGAAGCUUCGCCGUGACAACAAUAGCAACAAUAUCCCACCAAUAUGUGCUCAUAAUCUGCCGAAUCCCGAGAUGAGCAAGAACGGCUACCCGACUCAGUUUUUCGGAUCUACACUGCAAACAUUUCAUCAAACUCCGGUGUCUUUGGACAAGUCCGGUGUGAAGUCUGCUACUUUUGGUGGUGGUGUAAACUCUGUUUCAUCACACAGAGGAGUCAGAGGCAUGGAGUGGAUGAUGAAAAGUGAAGCGCCGGCGAUAAGUAGCUCCGAUGCGCAAUGGCAAAAUUUGAUGCAUAGCAAUAAAACAGAGCUGAGUAGCUGCUCUAGAAUCCCCUACUUUGAUGCAAAUACCUCUAUUUUCGGCCAGCGUUCAGAGCAAGAGUGUUACCUGAAUCUAAAUUCUUAUACAAGUUUCAACGCCGGAGAUGCUCGUCAUCAGCAGGAUGAUAAUGACUGUACCAUGUUCUUGAGUCCCGAUGUGGUAGCUUUGGAAAACCCUCUUCUUGAAGAAACCCCAAGAAGCUUCAUCGAUGCUUGGUCCAAGAACGACAAUGGAGACAACAUCACCUCAGUUCCAUCAAGCGGGCAUCUCUCGCCGUCUUCGUUGACACUAUCAAUGGGAGGGUACAACUCCAUAAGUGACGAAAUGGGGCAGACACAGAUGAGCUUGGGAUGUAACGAUGGGAGUGGAAAUGAGACUAGGCCUCCACAAAUCACCACCUGGCUCACUCCAUCUUCUUGGGUUUCCUCUCCGCCUGGUGGGCCUUUAGCUGAGGUGUUGAAGCCCGCCACCAGCGCCGCCUCAACACCGUCAUCUCCGAUCACCACUAACGGUAACCACGGCGAGUUUAGUAGCCCAUUGGGGACUACUACGGCGUCGUCACCGUCUGGGGUGCUUCAGAAAACGCUAGCUUCAUUCUCUGAUAGCAGUGGGAAUAGUAGCCCAAAUCUUACAAGUUCCAAGCCCAAAACAGAGGCUGUUUCUCUGUGGCUGAAUCAGAGCAAAUCAUAGUCGAAUUUUUACUCGGAUCAUGUUGUUGUUUCGGCUUAGUUUGGUGUAGUUCUUCGACUACAAAGAGGAUUUUCGAUUUGGUUACUUGAUUUGUGCUUUCUUGUUUAAAGAACAGAACCUUGGUUCGAUCACUUUAAAUCAUUUAGCCUGUACCAGCUAUAU